CAGUGGAAUUGUAACAGUGCUCCGAGACGUACAUAAUCUUUGUAAUGAAAUUAACAAGCUCAAUUGAUGCUCAACAACUCAACUUAGCUUUGUAAUAGCCUACUGUAUUUUCUAUAACUGGAAAUGGCUCAACAGCUGCCUAAAGUAUUUUUCGAUAUAACAGUUGAUGGUGAAAAAUUUGGAAAGGUUUUUAUUGAGCUAAGGAGUGAUGUUGUACCAAAAACAGCAGAAAACUUCCGUGCAUUGUGCACUGGAGAAAAGGGAUUUGGUUACAAGGGUUCAAAAUUUCACAGAGUCAUCCCAAACUUCAUGUGCCAGGGAGGGGACUUUGAGUUGGGUACAGGAGUCGGUGGAAAAUCAAUCUACGGAACUAUCUUUGACGAUGAAAACUUCAUUUUGAAGCACACUGAAGCGGGACUCUUGUCCAUGGCCAACUCUGGACCUAACACCAACGGGAGUCAGUUUUUCAUCACUUACACCUCAACACCGUGGCUCGACGGAAAACAUGUGGUGUUCGGCAAAGUUGUUGAUGACACUUUUGAAAUUAUUCAACAGUUAGAAAACUAUGGUACAAUACAUGGCACCCCAUGGAGACAUCUUCUUAUAGAAGACUGUGGAGAGGUUAAAGACUGAAUUUUUGUAUGUUUUAAAUUUUGAAAUAUAGUUGCUUAGUCCCAUGA